AUUACGCUCAGGUACACAAUAUUUUAUUGGUUGUUUCAAACUGUCUGUGGAUUUAAACGUAAAACUUAGGAGAUAAUAUCACAUCGAAGGAAACUCUAUAUUCACGGACGUGGAAUAUUGACAUUUUUUGUGUGGAGCUAGCAACACGCAGAAUUAGCUCUGUACAGGAUAGAAAGGAUUCAGUGAAUCGGGAGAGUAGAGAGACUGUAAAACCGACACAGCAUAAAUCUAACAAGAUGGUGCUGUGUCGUGUUCUCCUUUUGGAUGGAAAUGACUUUGAAACAGACAUCAAUAGGAAUGCAGAGGGAAAAGAAUUGUUUGAAGAAGUAUGCAAAAAGUUGAACAUAAGUGAAAAAGAAUAUUUUGGUCUGACGUACACCGGUGCUCAAGAUGUAAAGUAUUGGCUCAACCUUGAGAAGAAAAUUUCAAAGCAGGUGAAAAGUGGGACCUGGGUUUUUGAGUUUGCUGUCAAAUUUUAUCCUCCAGAGCCUUCCCAUCUUCAUGAAGACAUAACAAGAUACCAGAUUUGUUUACAGAUCAGAGCAGAUAUUUACAAUGGAAAGUUGCCCUGCUCGUUUAUGACCCACGCUAUCCUGGGUUCCUACACGGUGCAAGCAGAGAUCGGGGAUUACGACCCUCAAGAAGAUGGCCCUGAUGAUGAAUAUCUGAAAGCUUUCGAUUUCGCUCCACAGCAAACUCCAGAGCUGUCACAAAAGAUACACGAACUACACAAAACACACAAGGGACAGACUCCUGAGGAGGCAGAAUUAAAUUUCCUGGAAAAUGCGAAGAAACUUGCCAUGUAUGGUGUUGAUCUGCACAAAGCAAAGGAUUCCCAGAACCAGGUCGUUAUGUUGGGGGUGUGUUCCAGUGGGAUUCAGCUCUACAGAGACAAACUCAGGAUUAACCGAUUUGUCUGGCCUAAAAUCAUCAAACUUACAUAUAAAAGAAACAACUUUUACAUCAAAAUCCGACCAUCAGAGGGGGAACAAGAAACAACAUUAUGUUUUAAAUUAGAUUCACAUAAAUUAGCCAAAAGAUUAUGGAAAACCUGUGUAGAACAUCACACCUUCUUCAGAUUAAAGGAACCAGAAAACAACAGUACAGGUACCCUGAUUCCACGAUUUAACUCAAGGUUCCGUUAUUCAGGAAGAACACAAAAACAGAUCAGAGAGCAGGAGGACUUGAUUGAUCGCCCUAAGGUGAAGGUCGAGAGGCGGGGCCUAGGGAACAGUUUCCGCAUGCCUAGAGAUGCCGAGGGUCACAUCAUCAGACAUAAUGCAGAUGGUCAGAAUGAUGCCUAUGACCGUACAGAUAAAUUGACGGGACACACAGAUACAAUGUCUAGUGGUCCUCCCCCUUACAGUUCAAUGGACCGUGGAGACAAAAGCCACAGAAAGCAUGGGGAAACAGAGGCUGAUCAACCAGACACGACGGAAGACCGACGCGAUAAAAUGCUGGGAAAUCAUGAGAAGACAGAGGGCAUGCCUGGGGAAGGCGGGGAUGCUGCUACGUUAGAAGGGGUUGGGGCACUUCAUGGAGGCAAGAAAUCCAAGGAAGACAAGGAGCGAGAGAAACGAGAGAAAGAAGAGGAAAAACAGAGGAAGAAAGAAGAGGAGAAGGAACGUAAGAGAUUGGAGAAAGAAAAGAAAAAGCAUAAAGACCACGCAGAGGACAGGACCGAUAUAAUGGGAGACCAUCAUGCCACAGAGACAGCUAUCAAUGGAACCUCUGGUACAAUGGGACUGGACUCGGAUGCUGUUGUACUUGGAAAGGAAGGCAAUAAUGAGAACGCCCCCAAAUCUGGAGGCGAAGAAACCGCCCCUAAAUCCGCCCCCAAAGAGGGAGAGGACCUUGAGCAUGUUAAACAUGACAAGGCCCAUGACAAGCAUAAGGAUAAGAAAGAACAUAAAAAGGGGGGAGGGUUGUUUGGCAUGCUUAAGAAAACGCCAUCUAAAGGGAAAGGUGACAAACACAAGUCCACGGAGACUGAAAUAAACAACAAAGACUCGCCAACAGACAAAACUACAGACAGAUAUAACCAGGAAAACAAAAAUGAGAAAAAAGAUAAACAAAAGUCUGGUCUUGUUCCUGAAGAGAAUAUAGAGGAUGAAGUGUUUGCAGAGUCGGACUCUGUAAAACCAGUCAUUGAGUCGAACUCUAAGUUAGUGAGUGAAGUAAAGGGGAACGAGAGGAAAAGUUCCUCCUCUUCCUCCAGCAGUGAUGAAGGGGAGGUAUUGCUGGAACACAGAAGUUCUAGAGUUAUAGAGGAAGAGAUCAUUGGCCCAUCCUCCCCAACUCAUGGUGAGUGUUCAGCUAUUCAUUUUGAUGAAAACUCAAUCCCAAGUGGAGAGGAUUUGAGUAAACUCGAAAACAAAGCUUGUGUUAAGGUAGUGAAUGACCUUGUGUUAGAAAACAACCAGCAGUCUGCUUCUCAAGAAGAGGAAGUGCAUAAAAAAGGAGAGCAGAGUCCUAAAGUAGAACUCAAAGAUGAAGUUAUGGUUAAGGAGAGAAAAGUUGAGAUAAAUGUUGAAGUGAAGGAUAAACUGUCUUCAGAUUCUACUGUGACUGAGAUCUCCAAAACAACUAUAGUAAGUGUUAAUACUCCAGUCAGUAGUGAUAAAUCAGAAGUGACGAAAUCAGAGGAAAAGUCCAAGACUAGAGAGGAGGUGUGUAAGGAACCUGAAUUGCCUCCAGAGGUGUGUGUUGUCCUCACUAAUGAGGAGGCAGGAAAGGAAGACACUAGUGACAACUCAAAGAUUGAGGAGAAAAAAACAGUGGAGGUCAGUAAAGAGGAAAAAAAGAGACAAAAGGAGGAGGAAAAAAGGAAAAAGCAGGAGGAAAAAGAGAGGAAAAAACACAAACAAGUGGAGAAAAAAAGGAAGGAAAAGGAAGAAAAAGAGAGAAAGAAAAAAGAAAAAUUAGAAGCAAAGAGGAAAAAGAGUGGGAAAGAGGAAGUGGAAGAAAAACAAGAGACACAGGAUAAGAGUGAGGCUGUUCCUUCAGUGGAGGAAGGGAAGGAAACAGGGACAAAGGAGAUUGUGGAGGAAACCAAAUCUGUGACAAAAACAGAGAGUGGGGAACACUCAAAAGAUGUAAAUGUGAAAAUUAAGGUUUUACCAAAGAGUAACACUGACACAAGUUUGUUAGGACAGGAAGUCUAUGAUGAGAAAUCAAAAGAUCAGGAGGACAAAAGAAAAGAAAAAGAGGAGGAGGAAAAUGUGAAGGAAAAGCAGGAGGAAAAAGACCAGAAAAAUAAAAAAUCUAAGAAGAAAAAAUCUCUUACCAAGAAAAAGUCAGAAUCCAAGAAAAAGUCUUCCACAGGCUGCUUUAGUUUUGUUAGACAUCACAAAUCAUCCGAUGAUGAAAAUGAGGCAGCAAGGAUAGAACUCCCAACAGAGCCAUGGCAAUCCGAGCAAAAAGAUACACAGGAACCGGAGAAGCCCCCCGAGGAGCCAGAAGUGAAGACUCCCCCCAGACAGAAAGGAGGAGUAGGGAUGGGCUGGGCACUGCCCGGAAUGAAUGAGUUAAAGGACCGUAAAGCUAAGCCAGAGGAGCCCUCAGCUACGACAUCCUCACCUUCAUCCUCUUCUUCUGAUGAGGACAUAUCCCAUCAUGCAAUUCUCGACGAUGACAUAGAAGAGCAGGGUGGUCUUGGAUUGGACGGAACUCACCCAGAGUACAGUGACAAGUCCAUAGACAGGAAAAUGCAGUUUAUUGCCGUCACCCCUCCCACCACAGAGGUGAGGGACCGACAGAAGGGAGACCACCUGAUGCCUUUCUUUGAACCCGUGGGAUCAACAUCUGAUGGUGAAGGGGAGGGAACUCUAGGGAAGAAGAAGCCCCCUCCUGUGGCCCCUAAGAAGUAUAGGAAUAGUACAGAUGACAGUUUGUCAGAUAUGCCCCCAACAGUGACCACAGAGAGAAUGAGGUAUGAUCCCAACAUGGACGAUCGGCCGAUUCCCACCACCAACGUCCCCAUUGUCAAAACACAGACUCGGACAGUCACCUACGAGAAGGACGGUGUCCCCCUGGAGAUCGAGGACGGGAUCCUCAUCAGCUCACAGUCUCACUCGACAAGAACUCAGACCAUAGAGACUACUACAUAUAAGACGGAGAGAGAUGGUAAAACGGAAACCCGAGUGGAGAAAAAGGUUGUGAUUUCACAGGAAGAAAAUGGAGACGAUAUUGACCAUGAUGCGCUGCUAGCGGAGGCUAUCAAGUCGGUGACGGAGAUGAACCCUGACCUGUCUGUGGAGAGGAUCGAGUGCAUGAGGCAGAUGGAGGAAGUGGAUGGAAGGUACUAGGUUAGAUUUCGAGCAUUCGUUAACCUCUUGUACAGGUGUAGCCAGUUAUCAGUGCCUAUUUCGUUGCCAGUCCUCUCCAGCUCUGCCUUCUUUACGUCUCGUAUUUUGCUUUUGAAGGACGGAAAAAAGACAGUGGACUCAAUGGUCACUUUGACAGACUAUAGGAAAUAAUUGCAAUAAAUUAAUAUGUAUGUGGCAUAAAAUCAUGUUUCAUGUGUCAUAUAUAAUUUGUUUCAUUUGACAUUAUAUAAAGAGACUUCCUGCCAGAAGAUAAUGGAGAGUUUAAGGUAGUCUCUCCCUGACCUUUGUGUACUGAAGUCAGUUGCCAUAUGAUGGUAUCAGGCCCCGUUUGUCACACCUUACAUCUCCAGGGCUGAGAGAUUAUAAUGGCAGCUAUAGGGACUACAUCUUUUUUUCUUUGAUGUACAUUUUUUAAUCUCAUUGGCAUUUUAAGUAAUGUUUUAAAUGAUGCAGAAAAAAAUGUUUUGCAAAAUGCUACAUUGCUAGAUAAGGUUUGUUAAGAUUUUUUUAUUUGCUGAAUGCUUUAUUUAUGAUAUGACUCUCUGACAUUGUUUAUCUUAAAGAUUAAUUUUAUGAAGACAGAAUAUGUGUCUGUGCCAGGUUGUCCAAUUUUAUUGCUUCUGUUGCUAUUUUUAAGUCCUAGACUGUAUAGCUGCAGUCUUAUCAGAGACUUCUGCUUUUACAUCCUAGACUAAAAUUUUAUGUAGAUCAUCUUUUAUACAUGUAUAAAAUAGGAAUAAAAUUCAUUUCAAUAAAAUCAACAUUUUAAA